CCUGCAGAGAGCGGCGUACAGUCGCGAGCCACAACCAUGGAGCUGCUGCUGCGGGACAGCCUCCCUCGGGUCUCCCUUGCUGUGUCUGCCGCCGCGCUGUACGCGCGCGCCGUGUCCUCACUCGUAAGGCCCGGCCUCCGGCGUCUCGCCAUGCUGCUCCCGGUGGUCGUCUUCUUCAUCGCGGCUCCCUUGGGCUUCUCUUCCGCCGUCGUCCGCUGCGUCGCCGGCCUGUACCUGGCGUGGCUGGGCACGUUUAAGGUCGCCCUCCUGGCCCUGGGUCGCGGGCCGCUGGACCCCGGCCUCCCCGUGCUCCGGUUCCUCUUCGCCGCAGCCCUCCCUAUCGAGCUCAUUCAUCCUGACGAAGAACGACCCGAAGCGGCCGAGUCGGCGUCUCUCGCUUCUUACACGUUCAAGGUCGCCACCACAGCCGCCAUCGUCCAUCUCCACCAGUACUCUAAAAAGAUGCACCCCAGCAUGCGCCUUCUUCUGUACGGAUUUAACAUCUGGUGCACCAUGGAGCUCCUGUUCGCCUCCAUCGCGGCCGCCUGCCGCGCGCUGGGCAUGGAGGUGAAGCCGGCGUUCGACAGGCCGCACCUCGCGACGUCGCUGCGCGACUUCUGGGGCCGCCGGUGGAACCUCGCCGUGUCGGCCAUCCUCCGGGCGUCGGUGUACGACCCCCUGCGCGCACGGGCCGGAAAGGAGGCGGGCAUCCUGGCCACGUUCCUCGUGUCGGGGCUAAUGCACGAGGCUCUCGUGUGCUACCUCACCCUGCGGCGCUCCACCGGAGAGAUGACCGCGUUUUUCCUGCUCCACGGCAUGUGCCGCGUGGCCGAGGAGCGGUGCGUGCGGCGGUGGACGGCGAGGGGGUGGCCGCCGCCGCCACGGCCCGUGGCCACGUUUCUUGUAUGGAUGUUCCUGACGGCCCCAUCGUUCUGGCUGAUCUUGCCAACGGUUUACCGGGGGAUGGAAGCAAGGCCGGAGAUGCUACUACUGACGAAGGAGUCGAACACCUAGGACCUCUUGCCUAGGUGGCACGAACCUAAGAGCUGUCUAUGCAAAGACAAAAAAAAAAUUACUCUGCACCUAGGCUCAAAUCUGAGACCUCUUGGCUCACACAUAGCUUCAUAUCCACCCCACCUACACAACAUAUGCAGAGACAGUAAAGACGACAUUCCUCCUUCGGAUACUGCUGGUUAUGUUGACAUGGCUGAUAGUGAUGAUGAGGAUUAUGAUAUAUGCAGCUAAUCCCGAUCAUGAUGAAUAUUUUUAAUACAUGUAAUUAAACAAAGAUGCCAAGUGGUGCCAAGAUGGGUUUCCUGAGAUCCUUCUACAGGAAUAAAGGUGGACGAUGAGCGGCACCUAAGGGGUCCAAUGCAACAGAGGCGUCCGGCAGCCGUGGUGGACGGAGAGGUGGUGGAGGAGGGGGAGGCAAAGGGAGAGGUGGAGGAAGUGGUAGUGGGAAAGGUGGUGGAGGAGGGAAGAGGGAGAGGACACCUUCUCCUGAGGAUGAGGAGGAGGAGGAGGCAGGAGGUACGCAUGAGGUGUGGUUGCGAGAACCAUCGCAACUCCCGCCGCGACCAAUACCUCUGGCGACACACCGGUGAUUUGACCAGUAGGACCUCGUAAUUGGGUGUUGGUGUCAGGGGGUGAUCACAAACGGAAGCCCAAUAGCAUACUGGGUCUUCUGUGCAGGGAGCACUUCCCUGGGUUAGUGAUGCAUGCCGGGGUCGAGGAGCCGACCUACACUUGGGACCACUACAUCACCUUCCUAGACGUAGAAGAUCGGGAAGGGAGUAAUUUCGGUACCAAGGCGAGGCGGGUGGUGGUGAAACUGUGGGUGUGAGGAAGGACAUGAGGCCAUGGUGGGUCACAUAGCCUGUUACAAACUGGUGAAUGACAUGCACUACAAGAUGCGUGUUUAGGUCAUUGAUUCGUAUUGCGCCGCGUACGAAAAGAGGAAGGUCAAGAAAGAAGAAGCAAGGAAUGUCUUCCUCACACUGGAUUAAUACUUGAAGGUGCCUCUGAACUGGUGUGCCGGCAACAGUGUGUGCUGGGCUAUGAUGGUGGACAAAAGUGAAUAAGCAAGGAGUGGGCCGAGAAGCACAGCUUAUCCUGGAAGCGCCAUGUCAGACCCUUGGAUACAGGGUACCUGAUGUGGCGCGGAUCAGCACCAUGAAUGGGAUUGGGCUUGUCUCAUACCCAUGCAUCAUGUAACAAGUCAUAUAGGCUCAAAACUAGUCGGAAUGGAUAGGAACCACCUGGGUAGUACUCGAAUAAGUUGCUAGGCCCACACCGACAUAGGGUUUCCCUGUAACCCUGCUCCCUUAGUCUAUAAAAGGGCGAGCAGGGACUCCACCAACAGACACACACAUACCACAUCCAUCUGAUGCAAUACAAACCACCCAACAGGACGUAGGGUAUUACAAAAUCUGCGGCCCGAGCCUAUCUAACCCUUGUGUUGCUCGUACCAUCGUGUUCUUGAUCUCGGCGACUUCCCACGACCAUAUCUCUACUCAAGGUUAUCCCUAGGUAGGCGUGACAGUAAAACACCAACAACUAGCACCUACCGUGGGGCCGGUCUCCGAUGAUCCUCCAAUAAAUGCAAUGGGCAUCUUCAAAUUCCUCAUCGCCAUGCCCGAAGAAGGUACUCCUUUCAUCUUCAGAUCAUGGGUCUGUGUGGCCGAUGCUCAGGGAGGUUUUCAUAGCUACAUAUUCAACUCUGAGGAACCAGAGAUCGUUCAACCCAGAGCUAUUGAUAACACUACUGGGCUUGCCGACCAUCUCAGCAAAAUCCAACUCUCCGAUCAGAUCAAGGAAUCAUCCCGUAACGAUCUAGAGAAGAUCCAAUCUAAAAACUUUUUCAACGUAGAAAAAGUUUCAGAAA